AUGUUGUGCAGUCCUGAAGAACAUAGCUUCCCUCGAGGCGACGAGCAGGACGACAUUGUGAUUAUUAUGCAACAAGAAGAUGUGAUGUUUGGGGCUGGUCAUGAAAUCACAAGCUCCGAUAAAACAUCGCAUAUGGACAAUAAUCUAUAUGUUCCUAUUGACUUGAUUGCUGGAUUCAAGAGGGUACAAAUGUGGACAACAGACCGGGAAGUUAUUGUAGACAUCCUCAAGUCUUCUGACGUUGUACAAGUCGAUGAACAAUCCCAAAAAGUUCGUCCGGCACUUUCUCUUCAACGGACAACCAUCAUUCUAAGAGACAUUCCAAGUGGCACAGAAGAAAAGGAAAUCCUUGACUUUCUAGACAGUCUCCAGUCCCCUCCUGUCAAGAACAUCAAGGCUGAUCUGGGGAUGUGGUAUAUAGCUUAUGAGACUGAAAAAAAUGCUGUGGAAAUGUUAAAGAGAGUUCGCAACAAGAUCUUCAAAGGACACCCAGUAGCAGUACGGAUGAAAUCUGAGCCAAUGUUGCGUAGAAUGCAGGCUACCCUUCAAUCUUCUCAAACAGUCAAAGAGUCUAAACAGCCACAGCCACAAGCACAGCAACAGCCACAACCACAAGCACAACCACAAAAAGAAGCAGAAGCAGAGACUUGUGUCCAGACAAGCCAGCCUGAGCAUCAAAACUUGUCUAUAAAAAUCCCUCAGGAAGUCAAGUCUACAACAGGUUUACCUCUCCUGUCAGUAACCCAGCCUGGUUCACAUACCACACCCAUGCCAGUGUGUAGCUAUGCAUCUAUACUCAAACGCAGUCCAAGCGCCUCUUCCGAUAAAUGCCAAGAUCAAGAUCAAGGCCAAACCCAAACUCAAAACUGA